AUGAGCAAACCUGGAAUUGGACUGAACAAACUUCAUAUUGUUUUUAUCUAAAAAUCUUUUGGUGAUGAUGAUGAAGGAAAUUAAAAAAGAGAAUACUCUGAGAAAACUAUUUAUGAAAAUAAAGUACGAUUUGCGGAUGACAUUUUAAUUUGUUUAUUUCAUCAAUAAGAUAAAGUAACUUAAAUUAAUGAAGGUAAGAAGAAAAUUUUAACGGAAUGCUUAAAAUGA